GCCUCACUCUGCAUAUUGAUGUUUCUUCAUUUCUCGGCUAUGAGUACCAACCUGCAAGCUCAGGUUUAUAAACAUAAGCAAGGGACAGAUUCUUAUGACUGGAAUGCCAGGAUAUCUAUCUAUGCACUCCGCCCUGUCGCCCACAUCUUGAAUUUCCACAAUCUUUGCAAAGGCGGAUCGUCUCCAGCUGCUUCAAAGGGAUUGUCGCGGAAACCUUAACUGGUUCCUUUCGUUCCUUCCCGCGGCGUCUCUGCAAACGAGCGGCCUGGCCUUGUACCUCGCUUACGCUACGCUUCCACCUGACGUUGGCUUUCUGCUGCCUCGUCUACCUUAGGUGCCUGCCAAUUUUUAGGUACCUUACCUUGCCCUUUCGACCGCUCCCCGCGAGGCAACCUCCACAAACGUUUCUCGCCCCAGAACCCAAACUGCAAUUUACACAGUUCCAGAGCUGCAAGGGCAGCUCGCCGUCACCACGUCUUCAUCAAAGAAACGGAAGGUUUCUCGGCCCUCGCGGAACAGCGACGAACAAGCCCGUAGGGCCUACGUCUCGGACCCACGCAAUACUGCCCUUCUUCAGGACAACAUCCUCCCCACGACCGAAGAAGAUAUCGAACCUGCCUCGUUUUCCUUUACUACAUCCACAGUUGGCUCGGGUCUGGCCACUCCGACCUACGUACGCUCCGAUUCCGUGCCCGCGGCCUCGGGCCUUCCCCCGCGUCUGCUUCACCAGGGUCUCUACACUUCGCAUCAGUCGUCUGAUUACACCUCCUCGGCCGCGAGUUCACCUUGCGCUGCCUCAGCCGACUUGUCCGGAGACAACGACCGCAUCGACGAGUUCCUUCCGGACCCGUCGUCCUCCCUCCACCCACCGGGGUCUCGCCUCGCCAGGAGCCCCUCUCCGUUGAUCGGUGUCCCGCAGCACCGCAUGAUUAUGGGCGGCUCCAUCGACGCUCCGCAACGCUCUUCUUCACCCCUCAAGCGCAGGGCCUCGAGCAUGGACCAAGACAUGGAUUCGGACUCAAAGGAAGACGUAGACAUGAUCAAUCCGCCGCCACUCGAGGAGUCCGGAGAAGAGGGCGACAAGGGUGAGAGCAGAAGCCGCCAGAGCGCAGACCAGCCUGGAAGUCCGAAAUCAUUCACUAUGAAGACCGGCGUCCCUCCCUUAGCCGAACAGAUCAAAACACUCGAAACACUUCUUAAAGCCUUCGAUGAUCAACCUCUGCAAGAGGGCGACAAGGCGUAUCUUGUUUCGCGAGGUCCUCUUAAUUGGGCGCGACCUUACAGCGAUGAGGAGAAGCACACCAAGGAAGAUGAUGGCGAAGCACCAGAAGGCCCAGUAGACAACUCUGACAUUAUCCACAGCAUCAUAAAGGAUAUCGACGGCAACGACUUUGUCCGCCUCAAGCCCGGAAUGGGCCUGGAGCAUUACGUGCUCUUUUCCCAGGACGCUUGGGAUCUUCUGAUGUCUUGGUACGGGCUGACCGAAGGGCAGCUCCCAAUCGUGAGGUAUGCUCACAAUACGUCUCCCGACAACACAAUGCCACACAUGCAGUUUGAGAUACACCCACCGGUCUUCACUAUUCAUAGGCUUUGGUCGCCUGUCAGCCCGAUUCCGAUAGACCAAAAGCUCAAGGCGACGAGCACGCCUCCCGUUCAGGUUGCUUGCAGCACUUCGUAUAGGCAACAAGAGUUUUUAAGUAAAAUAAAGCAGCUUGCCGGUGUUGAUAGGGACAGGAAAGUCAGGGUAUGGAGGGUAACCCGCCAAUCUGAAACUAAUACAGCCGCCGCCCCCUCACAGCCACCGGCUUCCCCGGCACCAGGUGUGGCCUUGACUCCGCCAGACUCGCCAAAGGCCGCUACGGACGAGCGGGACCCGUGGGACAACCUCCUCGUGGAAGCCUCUCGUCUCAACGCACUCACUAAGGGAACAGAGCGAGAGGAUCUGGACAUCAAGGACCAGACCAACAACCCCAACUACAAUGGGAAAUCGACACUUGCAUACUUGUCUAUGCAGGCGGAUGACACGUUGGUUCUUGACGAGAAUGUCGAGGCGCAUUACCACGUCUCCAACUACAAGGGCACGGUCGCCGCCAAGGAGAAGCCGGGUUCUUCCAAGGGAAGCUCAUCAAGUCUCACUGUGGCGCCCAAUAGCGCCAACGCCAGUGGACGCAACAGUCCAACCCCAGGGCCAUCCACGAGGGGCCGUACGAAGGCCAAGUCUGGUAGGACAGUGGGCUGUGUUGGACUUGGUAAUCUAGGCAACACGUGCUACAUGAACUCAGCGCUUCAGUGUGUGCGGAGCGUAGAAGAGCUCACCAAGUACUUUCUCGUCGGCGAGGCUGAGAAGGAGAUCAACACAGAUAACCCGCUUGCCCACAACGGAGAUGUUGCCAUGGUAUACUACAAGCUGCUCAAGGAUAUCUACCAGGUUAACGCCCCGCCGUCAAUAUCACCUAGGCAGUUCAAGAACACCAUAGGUCGUUACGCGCCAGCUUUCUCAGGCUAUGGACAACAGGACUCUCAGGAAUUCGUGGGUUUUCUGUUGGAUGGACUGCAGGAAGACUUGAGUCGUGUGAAGAAGAAGCCAUAUAUCGAGAAGCCCGACUCCACGGAUGACAUGAUCAACAACCCGCAAGCGAUCAAAGAAAUGGCAGACAAGGUGUGGGACAUCACCAAGAAAAGAGAUGAUUCGGUCAUAGCAGACCUUUUCACAGGCAUGUACAAAUCCACGUUGGUGUGCCCCAUUUGCCACAAGAUCAGCAUCACUUUUGACCCUUUCAACAACCUCACGUUACCACUUCCCAUGCAGAAUCUUUGGAACAAGUCGAUCAAAUAUGUCCCUCUAAACGAUGCUCCCGUUGAGCUGCAUGUGGAACUGGACAAGAACAGCAGCAUAAGGUCGUUGCGCGACUACAUUGCGGCUCGUGUCGGUGUGUCAGCGGAGCGCCUCAUCGGAGCUGAAGAAUUCAAGGAUAAAUUCUUCACAGUCUAUGAGGACGGCGACAGUGUGUCCGAGAAAAUCACGUCAAACGACAUUCCUGUGUUUUUUGAGCUCGAAGCAGCCCCCACAAAUGCAGGGUACCGGCCGCCCAAACCCAAGCACCAAAAGAUUAGGUCCAUGCUUCACGUCGGAAGUGAUGAAGAGGAAGAGGACUCGACGUCUGAAUGGGAUCAUCCGGCAGCUGAGAGGCUGGCCGUACCGGUACUUCACAGGCUUAACCCAGCAACCAACAGGAGGCGAGGAGGAGCCACGAUUACGCCGCCCCAUUUCAUCAUUGUGACGCGUGAAGAGGCUCGUAACGAAGAUGCCAUCAGGCGCAAGAUCCUCGAGAAGGUGGCUUCCUACUCUACGUGGCCACAGUUCUCUGGGUUAGAUGAUGCCGACGCCGCGGACAACACCGAUAUGGAAAUGAUCACGGCCCCUGCCUCCGAUGCCGACUCCUCAGGCGACUCUAAAGUCAUUGCCAAAUCAGUUGAGGGCGAGGACGACAUGGUUGACAUCAGCACUGCUACCGGGGCCGCCAGCAAGAGGCAACCGACACAGGCAUCCGCUCCAUCACGUGAAAUAAGACCUCUGAAGGUAUUCAACAGCCGGAGGCCAAAAUGGGUAAACCCGAACGAGUAUCUGCCGCCUGAUUUCCAGAACCUGUUCGAUUUGAGCUAUUUCAGUGACCCAGACGCUGGUAUUCCAUCCGGCUGGCAGGCCGUUAGUGACAACCCCCUCCCGUCGCUGGCGAGCAGAAUGCCUCCUCAGCCCGUGGAUGAAGACAUGCGCAGCCCUAGUGCGGCUGGAAACGAUAGCAGCUCUGAGGACUCUACCAAAGCGCGUACGCAACCUUCUAUGGACACUGCGGAGUUGACCCGGAUGGCGGAUGAGUCAAGUGAAGAGGAGGAAUCGACGGCACAAUUGAUUGCCAAGAAACGCAUGUCCCAACCUCAGAAGGUCGGCGGCCGGCGUCAAAAUCGCAAAGGCCAGAGAACUUAUGGCAAGAAAGGCAAGAAGAUGCCACGGAAACAAGCCAUCGGUAGCGCCAACACGGCGGUGUCCAACAGCUUUGAUACUCUCGUCGACGAUUCUGCCACGUCGGCAUCUUCCAGUGGUCCCCUUAUUCGGCUCGGAGAGGGCAUAGUUGUCGACUGGAACGAAGACGCAUGGGAGCAGGUCUACGGCAGCAAUAGGGCCAACGAUGGCCGUGGUGAGCCUACCUUCAACGCAAUCGAAACUGUCCAUGACCCGGCACUGGCGGAGCGUAAGAAACAACGUGCCCAGCGGAGGAAAAAUGGAAUCAGCCUCGACGAUUGUUUGGACGAGUUUGAAAAGCAGGAGGUUUUGUCCGAGCAAGACACGUGGUACUGCCCCAGGUGCAAAGAACACGUUCGUGCCAGCAAGAAGUUUGAUCUUUGGAAGACGCCCGACAUUCUGGUCGUGCAUCUGAAGCGCUUCAGCUCGAGCGGUUGGCGACGAGACAAGCUUGACAUACUGGUCGACUUUCCCAUCGAAGGUCUUGACCUAAGCAGGCGUGUCAUCGACCAGCAGACCGGAAAAGAGGAGGUUUUUGACCUCAUAGGUAUCGACGAUCAUUGGGGUGGGUUGGGUGGCGGUCAUUACACGGCCUUUGCAAAGAAUUUUAUUGAUGGGGAGUGGUAUGAGUACAACGACUCGUCAGUUUCAAAACAGACGCACCUUGCACGUAUGGUGACCUCGUCAGCAUACUUGCUCUUUUAUAGGCGCCGAUCCGAGAUCCCGCUGGGCGGUCCGCGUUUCGCUCGCAUCUUUGACGUCUACGAGAGUAACAUGGAAAAUUCCGAUGAGGAUAACUCCGAUUCGGGGGAAGGUCAGCGUCUCGGCACAGGCUCCUCCCUACGUGGGUCGUCGAGCGCUUUGAUAGGAGCAGAAGCAACUCACCUGCCCGGAAGUCUUGGCUUGGCGGGGUCUAGUGCGCCCCUCUUGUCGGCAGCCGAGGAGGAUGAAUCAUUGCCAUCGUACGAAAAUGCGGUUCUGGAGGACGAGACGUUCAUCCGCGGAAGCAUUGAGGAUGAGGGUCUUGGCGGCAUGGAGGGACCCGCACAACCCUGGAGUGCCGGGGUCUGGGACUUCAAGAACAUUGACGGCGAGAGACCGGGGUCGCCUGCGACCGAUGAGGCAGAGAUGAACUCAUCCAAUGGAGUCGGCGGAUAUAGCUCUGACCGGAACAAUACGGGCAUGAACUCGCCGUUCGAAUUCGAGACUCCGAAUGCGGCGCGGACUGCGCUUCCUGACGAUGAGGUCCUUGGUCAGGAAGACGAUACUUUACCAGAGCUUGAGAACAUUGAGGCGUCGAAGACACUGCCGGGCAUCAAGGAGCUGUCCUGGAAGAAUCAGCAGCAGCAAUUCCACACGAUUCCUCCCACAGCGCUGGGCGACAGCGAUGCAAUAUCGGAGAAGGCUGUGGAUAUCCACGUUGAUGACGAUAAGGGCGGCAAGGCGGAGUGAGCAUUUGAUGACAGUGCAGGGUGGACGGUGGCUUGGGAUGCGGGUUUACUUGCAUAUAUGCGGUAUUGUUGUACCAAAUCAUUGCUACUGUGUACAGACCAUUUUUAGGCGCAUGGGGUUUUUUGUUCUGAAGCGCACGAAAGAAAAUGAAAAAGAAUAUGCCGGGUGCACCUGCCUUCCUGGAAUAUUGUGCACAUGGAUCAGAAGAAUAAGCUGAGGUCAUGUUUUAUGAUACCAGUAACGAAGCAUUUCUUUGCUGUGCAAAAGUACCUGUCAAGUUCUCGUUGGCUUGGUUGACUAUGCAUGUUUUGGCGGAUUUUGCUGGGUUUAGAUAUAAGAAUGAUAAGUGCGGAACUUGCAAGUGUCUC